GAUGCAUUACACAUUACUCUGUAGUUUCACUUUUCCUGCAUGGCUUGUAAAGUGUGACGGCCUUUGAAAGAUAGCGAAAACCGCCGUGAAACAUUUGUAAGAUGGCUGAGACUGUGAGGGUGAGUGGUCUGCCCGCAGACAUUGAGGAUGAGAGGCUGAAAGACAAGCUAUUCAUCCACUUUCUGAGAGCCAGGAAUGGAGGAGGGGAAAUAAAUUCUGUCACUAUUGUCAAGGCAACGCCCAUCUCUGCCCUCAUCACCUUUGAGGACAGUGGAGUGGCACAGAGAGUUAUUGAACAAAGCCCGCAUCUUCUGGAAGUGGAUGGGAAGAAGUAUAAAGUCGUUGUUAUUAAGCACAACGAAAGCCUGGACCCAGACAAGGUCAUCUUACAUUUAUCAGCAAUUGUUGAUUACAGCCAGCUUCCUGGGGGAUUAUUGGCACUGUCAAGCCUUCACAAAAGCCACCCUGAAAUCAAGAUAAGCCAUGAUGCUACUGAGAUAUUAUGCACAUUGCAUGGCGCCUUUUCAAAAGUCCAGGCAGCUUUGGAACAGCUGUUGGGUCAUCCUGGAGGCCCAAAAUCAGCAGCAAACAAAGACUCAGGUCAACCUGCCACCAGGGGCUCCAGGUCUGUUCAGAUAGCACAGAAGCCUCAAACUCUGGAGUCAGAAGAUCUGAGCAGGAAAUCAUCUAAGCAGAGAGAAAAAAGAGAGAAAGUUGACCUUGGCAUGCCUUAUGAUGAGAACAACUCUAGCUCAUGUAAACCGCUGACACCUGCUGGUUCUGGCCUGGAAAAUAAUGACCAGAUAGAGGGUCCAGUUUUGCAGCUUCCUGGGCAUCCUACGGCAUCAGGGGAGGAUUUGUCACUCAUUUUGGAUGCAGACAUGUUUGAGUAUCUGAAAAAACACUGCCGAAAGGAAUACCAACAUAUCCUUAGUCAGUAUAGUGUUGAUGUAGUGGAUAUGACAAAUCAUGGGUUGACAACUCUGUUUUUGAAAGUUGGAGUGGAGGAGGGUGGUGAAGAUCAGAAACGCCUAAAAUUGGCAAGACAGGCAAUAAGUAGUCUUUACCAGGAGAAUGAGAAGAAGAUCCGGCGAGGCCAGCUCUCCAAGAAUAUCCUGUCUCUCAGGGGUGGACUGCAAAAGGCCAUGGAGGACUUAAGUGUCAGAUUUCCUAAGCUUCUUCUGAACGAAGAUGACCAAAAUAUUUAUAUUAUUGGGAGUAGUAGUGAUGUUUCUGAGGCCAAGCAUUUUCUUCUCCUUGACCCUGUCGAAGUGAUAGGUAAAAAAGAGAAUGUAGCCAGUCUUCUUAAAUAUCCUUCAUAUUCAGGUUCAUCAACUCAUGCAGAUGAGUUUAAUGUUCCCCUGACUGUGUCCUCUUCUCUGGAUGACAGGAUAGAGGAGGAUGGGUGCAAAGCUGAAGGAGCCAGAAAGUAUAAACUGGCCGCUCGCUUUAAGGACUCAGGGCUUGCUGCAUUAGGCCGUCGACCCACUGACUUCACCUUACGAGGGCUCUCAUCUCCUAGUAGACAACCACGCCUGGGGCCAAUUUUAGGGCAAAAUGUGCUGUCAGAAACAGCAGGGGUUUCUGGUGAGAGUGUCCCCAGAGCAUUAGCCCAAAACACUGGAGGCGACAUCUUGUUUAGGAGUGGAGAUGCUUUGCCUUCAACUUCUUCCAUGCAGAAUAAAACCUCCUUAAACUCGCAUUCAGUUGAUACUCGACCAAAGUCUUUAACAUCCCCCCUUAGCACCACCAGUUUGUCAGGAGGCCCUCCGCUUCCACCUGCUGGGUCUGGUUCCACCUUGAAGAGAGCCAGUAGUUUCUCAGGAUCGCCGCAGCAGAAGGCGCAAGUUAUGAGUCAGAAGAGUCAAGACGACUCUGGCAAGCCUACAGUAAGAGCAAGGGGCAGGUCCUCAAGCUUCAGCAACCAAACAGGGAGGGACAAGCUGGAAGUCUACAAUGCAGAUAUUACAGUUUCCAAUGUGAUGUGGAAGUAUAUAAAAGAGGCUUUCAGGACCCGAGUGGAAGACCUGACUUCUGAUGUCCUGAUGAAAGAGAUCGGCUCAGGGGGCAUUGGUAAUCUGACUGUCACCUUAAGAGGAGCAAACUCAUCCAAAGUGAGUUCAUGUCUGCUAGGUUUAGAGAAGCUGGUUGGUUCAGUUAGUGUAGACUUUUAUGUGCAGCAGCUGCGUUUGUCAGAGUUGGGUAUCACUGACACAGCAGAUGAAACCUUGGAGGCUUGUUGUGCUGAGGUUCGGAGCCGCUUCAAAAAGGUUGUGUUGCAGAUUGUAAAAGAGAGCUUAUUUCUCCUCGGCCCAGAAACUUUGUGUUCUCAGGUAGCUGCGUCUUUGCUUGAGGUAUUUACUGGAGAUUCGGCCCAGAUACCUGAACAACACGACUUCUCUGGCCCCUCUACCUCUGACUGUAAUCCAUCCACUUUUUUACAAAUGAACGAGGACCAAAAUACGAGCCUUCACAGUUACAGUUAUCCUCAGGUGAUGCUAAACAACCCAACAGGCAAAGCAAAUGGAACUGACAGUCAGGAAAGAACAGCAAACCACAGAAGGGUCAUUUUUGAGACAGAUAUUGUGAAUGGAGCUAUUAGUCAGCCGUCAGUGAGGAAAGACACUGUUAUAAAAGAGAAAGUGAAAAUUGUAAACACAUUGGAGAUAGAUGGACAGAAGACUAAGACAUUUGUCAACCACUAUAAAGCAGGAAAUUAUAGACCUGUGAGUCAUGUGAAUGAUGUUGAGUCAACAACAACCCCUGCUGAUGAAGACCUCCAUAAGCAGGAGAGAACUGUCCAUUCUAAACAGGAGGACAGUGUACAGCAAAGACAAACCAUGGUCCCAGACACAGAGGAAUCCAGAUCAAAUCCAGAAGGGUGCGUCUGUGUGUGUGGUGAGAGUAAGAUGCUGACGAAAACUAAGUGUGGUGCUGCCUUCUGCUCCAAGUGCCUGGACGUUGUCCAUGCCCACUGCAGAGUUUGUCAUAAGCAGGGCAUCCAGGGGGAAAUGACCUUCUGUAGAAAAAAUAUCAGCGUGCCAGGUCACACAAAAGACUCUGCGAUCAAGAUCACUUACAUCAUUCCUGAUGGUAUCCAAGGGGAGGAUCACCCUUCUCCAGGAGAACCAUUUCAAGGAGGUACCUUUGAAGCCUACCUUCCCGACAGCGAGAACACGAGGAAGCUGGUGCCCAGGCUGAAGAAAGCUUUUAAGCAAGGACUCACCUUCACAGUGACAGGCAAAGACACAGAGGCCAGGGUCGCUUGGGACGGCAUCCCACACAAGACCACCGUACAUGGAGACAAAUCAGCGAAUGGUUACCCAGAUUCCACAUAUUUGACUCGUUUGUCUGAGGUCUUGGCCUCAAAUGGGAUUGAGGAGCAACCAGCCAAGUCUUAGGAACAAGAGCUAUCUUCAUAAAUAAUUGUAUCAUUCAAAAAAGGUUUGAUCACAGCCAUUUGCACUAUUUUUGUGUGUUGAGUAGUUCACAUUUUUUGAACAAGUUCCUGAUGUUUGAUUGUGUACAUACUGUAGAGAUUGAAAUAUUUUAAAGCUUUUAUAGCUCUCGCUGCAGAUGUUUUUGAACCCUUUUAUACAAUUGCUUUUAAUAUAGAUGAUUCAAGUUAUAAUUUGUCAAACUGACUGUGAUGACAAAUGGGACAAACCACCAUUGUAAAAAAUAUUACAUACAGCAUUCCUGAAAAAAGAAUCUCCAUAUCUCAUAAAACAAAUUGCUACACUGUUCUGUGUAGUGUGCUAGUACUUUAGUGUAGAUAUACAUUUUGUACUGCCAUUUUAAGGAUCAUUUAAUUAAGAAAAAAAACUAGAUAUUCGUGGUAAAUUGGAGUAAAGAGUAAAAUGAAUUACUUAAAAACCUGUAUGUGUCUCUUCAACUUGUUAACAAUGUUAAACAGAAAUAAAAAAGCACAUCUGAA